AUGGUUCAGGAGGGGGGAUCUGCAGAGAAGAGGGCAGGCACGGGGGCUGCCCGCCCCCCACUCAGGAGCCCCGCAGGGGAGUGGGUCCUGGACUCACGAGGUUUGCAGCCACACAGGGCGGCCUCAGCGGGGACCUUGGCUUCAGGGGACAGCGCCCCCACCAGGGCUCCAGCGAGGCAGGGGAAGCCACCCAGACACCCUGCUCUCCACCACCCUGGAAGCCAGCCCCAGCUGACCCAAGACCCUGGAAGCCUGGCGGAUAUGUUUACUAUCUUCUUCUUUUUUCCCCACUGUUCUGGGUCUUAG